AUGAAUUAGUUUUGUUAGGUUGAGUAGAAUAUAAACAAAGAUAUUCUAAAAUAAUUUGAAGGUUAAUUAAGGAAUUAUUGUAAGAUAAAUGUCAAAAAUAAUUAAGAUCAUUAAACUUAAUUAGUUUCUUAAGAAUUAGAAAUUUAUAUUCCAUCGUCAAAUUAUAAGUUAUUGAUAAAAUCAGAAGAUGUUGAAAUCCAAAAUAAUCUUAUAGAUUUAAGUCAAGCAAGGGAAUUUAAAUAGAACAUUCAUAAAUUGAAUCAUAAAUUUUGUUUAAAUGCUUACAUUAAUAGGAGAUAUAUUUCCAACUUAAUUUAAAAAUUAAGUUAGCUAUGA